UUUCCAACACUGGAUGAGCACAUGGGUUCGCACGGGUAAACAAAAACCCAAAACAAGGAAAAUUCUUCAAUAGAUUUUCUUAAUUUCUGCUUCGUGGCAUUUUAUGAGAGUGGAAAGUUGACUAAACAUCCUCCCGACAACAUGACCAAGAAGAAGGCCCCAAAGAAGAAGUUGGAGAUAGUCUUUGACGAAAAGAAUCGUCGUGAAUUUUUGACUGGAUUUCGAAAGCGGAAAAACGAGAGGCGAUCGCGGGCCAAGGCUCAGUUGGAGAAGGAACUGAAGGAGGAACGCAAACGCAUCCGGCUCGAGGUGAAAGAAGGAUUCAAGCACUUGAAAAAGUCCUAUGAGCCGCUGCGCGAACUCACCGAGGAGGACAAGACCGAAGAUGGCCAGCCAAAGGCACAGGAGGAAUCGUACGAAGACGAAGAGGUGCAGGUCAAGAUCGUGGAACUGACCACCAACGAGCUGGCAGCUCAGCGGAACAUGCUCGGCGCCAACACUGCCGAGGAGAGUGAGGAGGAAGAGAAGGAGUCUGAGAGCGAGGAGGACGAAUCCACCCAAGCCAACAGAAUACCCGGCAUGGACUUUGAUCCCCAAGCAUCCCGAAAACGGAAACCCGACACACAGGAGGCGGAGGAGGACGAAGAGGAGAAGCCAAAGAAAAAGAAAUCCGAUCCAGACAUCAAGAGUAAAAAGGACAUCGACCGGCUAAUGAAGACGGGGACCCUCAACAAGAUGCACAAGAGCAAGCUGUUCAAGAAGAAGGAGCUACUCGACAAGAAGAACAACCAGAAGAAAGCGAAACGUGACCGCUACCAUACCAUCAAGAGCGUGCCCAAGCAUCAGCGCAAGAAGCUAAAGUUGGGAUUCAAAAAGCAGCAGACACGCUACCACAAGGGCCGCAUGAUGAACAAGAAGGAGCUCCGCAAGAAACGCAGUGGCGGAGGCGACUGAGACAUGCGUAUAGUUUUAUAAUUGAUCGUAGUUUGUGUUACGGUUUAUUUACUAUUACUCUAGUUGAUCAAAUAAACGGUUUUAUUUCUGGCUUGUACAGUAAUUUUGCUAAUGCGCCGGAUGUCCACACA